CGCAAAUUCUGAUUUUUACCGUUUAAAGGUCAAUUCAGAGAAAUGUCAUUUCGAAAAUGGAUGGGAAUGAGUUCUGGGAAUUCUGCUGAACGGCGAAAGAGCAUGUUGGAAUUGGAACAAUUAAAGCAACCAUUAGUCCCUGAAUCAUUUACCGAUCGGUUUUUUGGACUAACAAAUUAUGGCAAUACUUGUUAUGUAAGUUCUGUACUUGUGUCUUUAUAUCAUAUAAAGCCGUUUCGUGAUAGUCUGAAUGCUUUUCCAAUGCCGAGUGUUCCACCAAAUUGCAAAAGCGUCUGUGUAAAAUCGAAUGGAUCAGAGUCAUCAGGAUCUAAUUCUUGGUAUUCCUCUUCUCGUAAAAAGAACGGUGACUUGAAGAAGCAGCCGUCCCCUGUUAAUUUUAAUGGAUGCGGUUGUGUAGAUAUUUCAAUGGCUGGAGCAGACGUUGGUUCAAAACAUCAAAUUCAAGUUAAUAAUACUAGUUAUGCAAACUAUGGAAUGGAAGAAAAUGUUUAUACUAGCUUGAAAGAUCUAUAUGCAUGCGUCAGUUCCUGCGAGUGUCGAUACGGCGUGUGCAGUCCAGAGAGAUUUAUCCAAAUCCUGCGUCGCGAUAAUGAAUCCUUUCGUAGUACCAGACAACAGGAUGCACACGAGUUUUUAAACUUUCUUCUGAAUUCUAUAACCGAGGUUCUGGAUGAAUAUUACAGAAAUCACCCUGAAGUUCCUCACUCAAAGUGGAUCCACUCUUUAUUUGAGGGCACGCUGACCAGUGAAACAAAGUGUCUUACUUGUGAAAAUAUUACUUCAAGGGAUGAAAGCUUUUUGGACCUCAGUAUCGACAUUGAAGAAUAUUCCUCUGUGACAUCUUGUUUACGUUCUUUCUCUGCUUCUGAGAUGCUUUGUGCCAAAAACAAGUUUCAUUGUGACGUUUGCAAGAAUCUGCAGGAGGCAGAGAAACGUAUGAAAAUUAAGAAAUUACCAAAGAUACUUGCUUUGCAUCUUAAACGUUUCAAGUACAAUGAAUCUCAAGAGGUACACGACAAACUGUUUCAUACCGUCGUAUUCACCAACGAAAUGAGACUAUUCAAUACGACAGAUGAUAAUGAGGAUGCUGAAAAGCUCUACUCUUUGUCCGCCAUAAUUGUCCACGUCGGCGGUGGCUCUCACCAUGGUCACUAUGUAUCAAUUGUUCGCACACGAUCUAGUGGAUGGGUACUAUUUGAUGAUGAGAAAGUAACUCCUGUUAAUGAAUCUUAUUUGCAAAGGUUUUUUGGUGACCAACCUGGGCAAGCAACCGCAUAUGUUCUUUUUUUUACAGCAGCUGAGGAAUUUGAAGACUAUCAAGAUACUACGAAUGAUGAGACAUUGCCGUAUCCUAUUUCUAUUCCAAAUCAAGCCAGUAGCGAAAGUACGGAUAUGAAUAAUACGCCAGCUACACCCAAAUCGGUUUCAACGCUUGCUCAUGGUGAUUUGGAUCCUAUGGUAACCUCCUAUUCCUCCCAAUACUCACAAAAAGCUGAUAGAGAUUUUCAUUUUCCAUUCAGUCCUGAUCUAAGCUCGUCUAUGGAAUCUGAGCGUAACCAUCCGAAAUCAGCGGAGGCUUCUCCCAAAUUUUUGAAACGAGAAAGCAAAUCGCUUUUUCCUUCUUUAAGUCGAAGCAAAAGUCAUAAAGUUUUAUUUUCUUCGCAAAACAACUCCCCUAAAGAUACUACGACUCGUGAUAACAAGCAUUUCAUUGAACAUGAUGUGAAGCAUCCAUUUCCUUUUCAACUCUCAAAAACAAAAAUGAAAAGAUGAAGUCACGCUAGAUUUGUUGGAAUCCUAGUUGAUCCUUUUGCGCUUUCCUUUUUGAUUUUCUUUGUAUUUGUACUCCCUAAUUUCAUGUAAUUUUUACUAAUCAUUCGUUUACGGUUUGCUUCUUUAGUUAUACUUUUAUUCGUCAUUUGAAUUUUGCUUAGCUUCAAUGUGUAUUGGGCUAUUGGUUUUAUUUUUUCAUCAUCCUUUGGUGAAAUUGAUCUACUAUUCUCUGAGAUUGUUUGUGUAGUAAUUAAUGCCGGAUUGUUUCACUUUUUUAUUCUGCAAGGGGCGCUAAAAGACCUAGCUAGUAAGUAUCAUCUUUUAUUAAACAACGUC